UUGUGAUAAAAUUAUUACGACAUAGAAGGACAAAGUAGGGAGGGCAUGAAACGGGGCAGAAUGUGUGAAUAUGAAAUGGAGUCGGCCUUCAACUGAAAAAAUCAUCGUCUUCUACACAUACCUUCACCUAUGAAGAGAAACUUGCAUGAACAGUCUUGAUUUACCCUUAUUCUUACUGGCUACCGGGUAAGGAGAGUUUGAAGGAUUCGAUUUCAUUUUCCAUUUGUUAAACCCCAAAAAAAACGCCCAAAAUUCGGUGAAGGAAAAGUAGAAUUCAACAUUGUUGCAAUUUUCUUUAUACUUAACAAUUCAAUGCUUGUAAGAAAAUUUUAUACCUCCUUUUCUCGUUUGGAGAAUUUUCCGAUUUUGUAUUCAACAAAAGAGAAUUACCCAUUUUGUAAUCCCAGCAAAUUUGGUAAUUUCGUCACAAACCCUAAUAAAUUUCCCCUAAUUUUGCGUCAAAAUCAACCAAAAUUCAGAUUCUAUUCAUCAAAUUUCAGGAUGGGUGAUGCUAGACGAACCACUCCUGUUCCCAUACCCGACAUCAACAAAGCGGAUCGAUCGGAGUUACUUCGUGCGCUAGAAACUUCAUUGGGUUCUUCAUUUAGUUGUCAGCCUUUAAUGCCACAACCACAUCCAUUGAUAGUUGUAAUUAGUGGACCAAGUGGUGUUGGUAAAGAUGCAGUAAUCAAGAAAUUAAGGGAGGUUCGAGAAAACAUGCAUUUUGUUGUGACUGCUACUACUAGACCUAUGAGACCAGGAGAAAUUGAUGGGAAAGAUUAUCAUUUUGUGUCUAAGCAAGAGUUUUUAUCAAUGCUUGAGAAAAAUGAGCUUUUAGAACAUGCUUUAGUUUAUGGGGAUUAUAAGGGUAUCCCAAAACAGCAAAUUAGGGAAUUUAUGGCUAAAGGGUACGACAUUGUGUUAAGGGUUGAUAUUCAAGGUGCUGCUACAUUGAGGAAAAUUCUUGGGAAUUCAGCUGUUUUUAUAUUUGUGGUUGCUGAGAGUGAAUAUGCUAUGGUUAAUAGGUUGAUUGGGAGGAAGACUGAGACUAGUGAGAUGUUAUUGGUUAGGAUUGCAACUGCUAGAGAGGAGGUUAAGCAUGCUAGGAAUUUUGAUUAUGUGGUUGUUAAUGCUGAUGGCCAACUCGAGAGCGCGGUCAAGUUGGUAGAAUCCAUUAUUGAUGCUGAGAAGGCUAAAGUCAAUCCCAGGAAUGUUAGGAUAUAAGAGAUAUUUGAGGAGGUGAUGUUGGUCCUCUUAGACUUAAUAAGACUUGAACCUGUUCAUCUUGAGCACUGCUGAUUCAUGGGUUAUAAUGCACGCUUUGAUUUACAUGAUAAACAAAGAUCGGUAAUGCACUCUCCGUCGUCACUGACAUAUUUGGUGGUUUUUCGGUAUUUUGCACUUGGAAGCACCUUCAUGAGGUGGUUGUAGCGCUUUUGGCAUACGUAGAUGUUGGAUUCAUCCUUGCGUCUUCGUGGCUUGUACUUUUGUUAACCUUGUAGAAUGAUUGUGAAAUAUUUUGUAUCUAAAAUUUUGCAUUACCAUAAUGUCUCAUUGUUAUUUUCA